AGGGAGGAGAAAUUGGAUUCCCAGUCAAACACAACUGUUCUCAUGCAAACUUCAGUAGUGCAUCUGUAAGAAAAAUAUGGACUUGGGAUCACAUUCCACUCUAAGUGGAACGGGUGGCAAGGUCAGCAAAGAUCAGACUGUUCAGGGAGACAAAACACAAACACUGCCAGCAGGAUCAGCUGAGGUAUAUUUGGGGCACCCCAGAUCAUAGUUGCCCUCCUCAUCUUGAAAGCAGAUUGUGAUCUGGAGUUUGCAGAACAAGUAGAGCAAGACUCUGGACUGAAAUUGAACAAAAAUAGAAGAAUUAAAUUAACACCUGCAAAAGACUGGAUUUCCAUCUGGAUCAGAAGAUAAAGUUUCAGUUCUUGAUUCUGGACCAGAAAUGACUGAACCUCAGUUGACUGUGGCUUCUGUGGUAACAUCAAAGCUGUCUGUUAAAGCGCCUGAAUUUUAUCCACCAGGGUACAACCAGAAUUUCAAUCAGAAUUUCACAGAUUCUUCCUUUGAAGAUAGAUACGAUGGCUAUCUGACUUUAGCAGAAUAUGUACAAGACUUCCUAAAUCACCUCACCGAGCAGCCAGGUUGUUUUGAAACUGAAAUAGAGCAUUUUGCUGAGGCACUGAAUGGCUGGGUCACUACAGAUGAAGCUUUACAAGAACUUGUUGAACUCAUCUACCAGCAGGCCACAUCUGUCCCAAAUUUUUCCUACAUGGGAGCACGGUUGUGUAACUAUCUAUCUCACCAUCUAACCAUUAGUCCACAAAGUGGGAACUUCCGACAGUUGUUACUUCAAAGGUGUCGAACAGAGUAUGAAAACAGAAAUGAAGCUACCAAAGGUGACGAGGCUACUAAAAAACAAUUUCAUUCCUUUGUGCUGUUCUUAGCUGAACUUUACCUUAACUUAGAGAUUAAAGGAACGAGGGGACAGGUAACACGAGCAGAAAUUCUUCAAGAAGGCCUUCGGGAAUUACUAAAUGCACUCUUCUCUAAUCCUGUGGACAGUAAUUUGAUAUGUGCAGUGAAACUCCUGAAGUUGACAGGCUCAGUUUUAGAAGAUGCCUGGAAAGAAAAAGGAAAGAAUGAUAUGGAGGAAGUGAUUCAGAGAAUUGAAAAUGUUGUGUUGGAUGCAAGCUGUAGCAGAGAUGUGAAACAUAAGCUUCUGAAACUAGUAGAACUGCGAUCUAGUAACUGGGGUAGAGUUCAUGGAACAACUUCACAUACAGAAGCUACCCCUGAAAAUGACCCCAACUAUUUUAUGAAUGAGCCAACAUUUUACACAUCUGAUGGUGUUCCUUUCACUGCAGCAGACCCAGAUUAUCAAGAAGAAUACCAAGAGCUGCUUGAAAGAGAGGAUUUGUUUCCAUAUUAUGAAGAAAAUGGAGCAGAUCUAUCAGGACCUGGGGAUAUGUAUUUUGAUGAGAUUGAUGAUGAGAUGGAUCCAGAAAUUGAAGAAGCAUAUGAAAAAUUCUGUCUAGAAUCAGAACAUGAGAGAAAACAGUGAGAUGUUACAUAUUAAUGUUAGUUUAUUAAACUUGUUUAGGUAUAGUUAGAAUACAGGGGACAAAAAAUAUUUGUACCAAAAUGAGGAACUUUAGUUUCCUCAAGUACUAAAGUUAUACAAUUUCCAUUUUAUUUAACAGAAUCUGCCAAAAAUUGUAAACUUAUGCCCUGUAACUUAAAAUGUUGUGUAUAUAUCAUAGUUUAUUUUAUGAAUAAUGUUUUUUGAACAAUGUUUUGGCUGCAAUAAAAAUGAUUUAGAAGUUAUAAUUGAAAUUAAAGUUUAAUGGGGAAUUGCCCCAUAAAAUUUCCCUUGAGGGAGAAAGGGAAAGAAUAAUGAUCUGAAUUUGCUUGCUUGUUUGCUUUAGUAUAUAUUGGGGAUAUACUCAUUCUAUUUACCAUAUACCAUAUAUGUUGUAUUUGAUUCCUUCCCUUCCCCCCAAGAAGAGUGUGAUUGAAAUAAGGAAAAAAUUAAUUUUUUUUGUAGAUCACAAUCAUGAGAAGUGUUUUGUGAGAGUUUUGUUUUGCGUAUGGAUUUUUGUUUUGUUUAUUUCUGUUUUAUUACUCUUCCAAAACAUGUAUGGGUGAGGUCUGGACUUUUUUUUUUUUUCCCCUGGAAUAAAUGUUAUAUGUUGAUACGUGGAAAAAGCAAGCAGUAUUUUGGAAGUGGGGUGCUUUCAAGAUCUUUGGUUCAGAUAAGCUCAUUUUCAAAUUUACAAGCAAAAACUAUGCUGUAAUUUGUUGUGUUCUUCAAGACUACAAUAAUGUGGUUAUGUUUGAAUCCAUGCUUCUCAAGCAUACAUGCAGUGCUCUUUUUUCUUCUUUUUUUUUUUGUUUUCAAUAAUGUAUCUAACAUGUCUAACCUUCUGGCAACGCUUGUAACUUCCUUUAUUCUUCUAAUUUUAUGUAGUUUGAUUUAAUUUUGUAAUUGGAGUAAAUUCAUUUAUUUCAUAAAUGUUAACAUUCUGAAGCCAACUGCUCUUUUUUGGACCCCAUAUAAUCAUGUUAGUUUUCCUAGGAUGCUCCACUGGUUUUAUUGCCAAACUCAGUUUGUUUCCUGUUACCUAUACUGGUUAGACUGAGUAGAAAAACUUACCAAGAACAGACGCAAGUAUUCCCAGAAAUUUGCUACUAUAAAGAACACACAUUGUAAAUAUGCAUGUAAAUAAUUCUGACAAUAUUUCACUGUUAUUUGUUUGAUUAAAUAAGUUGUGCAUCUGCUAAUACAGUGAACACUGUUUUUUGGAUGGUUAUUUAACAUACUUAUUUAGGUUGGGGUUUUGGAAAAUAAAAUUCAACUAGCUUUGU